UCGAAGAGCAACAUAGAAAAGAAGUGGCGCCAGUCCUUCCUUGGAUGCAGUUAUUUAUUAUAUGUCAUUUACUUGGCAUUAUAAAACUCUGCAAGUCUUUGAUGCUAUCGAUCAAGUUCCAAACAUUAUUUAGAUGCAUUUAGAGAUGCGUUUUGGCAUUUAUUACAGGUCAAUAUGGAGAUCAGGGCAAACUGGAGUCGGCAAUGGGGUUCUCUAGUUGGCUGCAGCUUAGGAGCCGUGAUUCUGCUGCUGUUCUUCUUCUUGCUUGCUGAUCGUUCUGAGAAGACCUUAGUUAGGAGAGUUCUAUGGAACGACGGUCAAGAUUCUCAUCCUGACGUGAAGCUCUAUACUGACAAUCCCCAACAGGUGGUGGUGGACAAUGGCCUCCUGCAAGUAAAUUUCUCUAGACCAGAUGGUCAUGUCUUGGGAAUAAAGUACAAUGGUAUCGAUAAUUUACUUGAAGAACGUAAUAGCAGAGAAGAUAGAGGGUAUUGGGAUGUAGUUUGGAAUGAGCCAGAGGGUCGUGGUACUGGGAUCUUCGAGAGAGUAGCAGCAACAGAAUUCAGGAUUAUAACUGAGAGAGAAGACCAAGUAGAGCUUUCAUUUGGCACGACAUGGGACGUCUCGCUCCGGGGACGGAAAGUGCCCUUGAUCAUAGACAAAAGGUACAUAUUGCAGCGUGGAAUUUCUGGAUUUUAUUCGUACGGAAUAUUUGAGCGUCUUGAAGGAUGGCCGGCGGUGGAGAUUCCUCAGAUUAGAGCUGUUUACAAGCUCCAAAAGGACAAAUUUCACUUCAUGGCUGUAUCGGAGGACAAGCAGAGGAUCAUGCCAAUGCCGGAGGACCGCCUGAAGGGUCAAGCCCUCGCCUACCCGGAGGCUGUUCUUUUGACCGAUCCAACAGAUUCUGAACUUAGAGGAGAGGUGGAUGACAAGUACCAAUACUCGUUGGAGGACAAAGAUAACAAGGUUCAUGGGUGGAUAUCAGCUGAUCCACCUGUCGGAUUCUGGAUGAUAACUCCCAGUAAUGAGUUCCGUACAGCGGGACCCAUCAAGCAAGACCUUACCUCCCAUGUGGGCCCCAUUACCCUUGCGAUGUUUUUGAGUACUCACUACGGUGGGAAGGAAACAGAGAUGAAGUUUGAAGAUGGAGAGGCAUGGAAAAAAGUUUUUGGGCCUGUAUUUGUUUAUCUCAAUUCUGUUGACAAUGGGGAGAAUCCCUUGGAACUUUGGGCAAACGCAAAAGAGCAGAUGUUGAUUGAAGUGGAAAGCUGGCCAUACGAUUUCACUCAGUCAGAAGAUUUCCUUUCUGCUGAUCAGCGUGGAACAGUUUCUGGUCAAUUGCUUGUCCGUGAACCGUAUGUGAAUGAGAGAUUAAUGUGGGGGCAAUCAGCAUAUGUGGGCUUAGCGGCUCCAGGAGAGAAGGGAUCAUGGCAAAGAGAAAGCAAGGGAUAUCAAUUUUGGAGUGAAGCUGAUGAGCAAGGAUAUUUCAUAAUUAAAAAUGUCAGACCAGGGGAUUAUAAUCUGUAUGCAUGGGUCCCUGGUUUCAUUGGGGAUUACAAAAAUGAUACCCAAAUCACCAUCACACCAGGCUGUGAAAUCAAACUGGAUGUAUUGGUGUACGAGCCUCCAAGACAUGGUCCGACUGUGUGGGAAAUUGGCAUCCCCGACCGCACCGCCGGAGAGUUCUAUGUACCUGAUCCAUACCCGACACUCAUGAACCGAUUGUACAACAAUCACCUAGAAAAGUUCAGACAAUAUGGUUUAUGGGAACGGUAUGCAGAUUUAUAUCCCGAUCAGGAUCUCAUCUACACCAUUAACAAUGGCGAUUAUCAUACUGAUUGGUUUUUCGCCCACGUCACGAGAAAUGUUAAUAAUCGUACAUACGAAGCAACAACAUGGCAGAUCGUGUUUGGACUUGACAAUGUGAACGACAACGGCAAUUACACACUGCAAUUAGCAUUGGCUUCAGCUCAAGAUGCUGAAUUGCAGGUUCGGUUCAACGAGUUGGGCGGUGCCAACCCUCCACACUUUUCAACAGGACCCAUUGGUGGAGACAAUGCCAUAGCAAGGCACGGAAUCCAUGGCUUAUAUUGGUUGUAUAGCAUUGAUGUAGGAAACAGUCUUCUCCAAAUAGGUAAAAAUACAAUCUAUCUCACACAGUCAAGAAGCAUAAGCCCUUUUCAAGGGGUCAUGUAUGAUUACCUUCGUCUUGAAGGGCCUCCUCAAGAUCAAUACUGAAUCCACUGAUAAUGAUCGUCUGAUCAAUUGAAAUAACAUCUUAGAUCUUGCAGCUUA